UGUAACGUCAAGCGUUGUGUUGUCAAAAUGGCUGGACACGAGCACCAUCAUCAUCAUCACUUCUCUCCGUGUAUCUGCGAUUUAAUGAGGUUGUUGUGGUCGCUGGUCGUGCCAUGCGUCUACCUCAGCCUGGUCAUGACCCUCGUCCUGCUGCUGGUCCUGCUGGGGGUCCGAACGUGGCUGCAGGGCCGCCGCAAGGCCCGCCGGGCUCGGGGCGGCGGACCCGUGGUGGCGUUCUUCCACCCGUACUGCAACGCGGGAGGAGGCGGGGAGCGGGUCCUGUGGGGCGCCCUGAGGGCCCUCAUGAACAGAUACCCUAACGUCUCCUUUGCGGUCUACACCGGAGACCAGGGAGUGACCGGCGAGCAGAUCCUGCAGGGAGCCCGACAGCGUUUCAGCAUCACGCUGCCCCGACCCAUCACCUUUAUCUUCCUGCGCCACCGCUCGCUGGUGGAGGCCGGCUGUUACCCGCACUUCACCCUGCUGGGUCAGAGCGGCGGCUCCAUGCUCCUCGGCUGCGAGGCGCUGGCGGCCUUCGUCCCCGACCUGUACGUGGACUCGAUGGGCUACGCCUUCACCCUGCCCAUCUUCCGUUACCUGGGGGGCUGCAAGGUGGCGAGCUACGUUCACUAUCCCACCGUCAGCACCGACAUGCUGUCCCUGAUCAGAGAGAGGAACCCCAGGUUCAACAACGCUGACUUCAUCUCCAGAAACCCCGUGCUGAGCGCAGCCAAGGUGGUCUACUACUGCUGCUUCGGCCUGCUGUACGGCCUGGCCGGCUCCUGCAGCGACGUCGUCAUGGUGAACUCCACCUGGACGCUGGGACACAUACUGUCUCUGUGGCGCUCCCCCAGCCGCACCAGCGUCGUCUACCCUCCCUGCGAUGUCAGGGCCUUCCUGGACGUCCCGCUAGAGGUGGAGGAGGACGGGGAGGAAGUGGAGGAGGGCUGGGAGGAGCUCGGACGGGAGCUGGCUGGCGAAGCGGAAGGAGCCGGGGACAGGAAGUGCCACUCCAUCGUGUCGGUGGGUCAGUUCCGACCAGAGAAGGACCACCGGCUGCAGAUCCGGGCCUUCCGCAAGCUGCUGGACAGGAAGAAGGAGGAGACCGGGGGGCGGGAGUCUCUGCGGCUGGUGCUGAUCGGUGGAUGCAGGAACCAGGAGGACGAGGAGCGGGUGCUGAUGCUGCGGGGCCUGUGCCAGGAGCUGGAUGUGGCCGACCGCGUCAACUUCAAGCUCAACGUGCCCUUCGAGGAGCUGAAGAGGGAGCUGGUGGAGGCCACCAUCGGUCUGCACACCAUGUGGAACGAACACUUUGGGAUAGGUGUGGUGGAAUGCAUGGCGGCCGGCACCGUCGUGCUCGCCCAUAAGUCUGGCGGUCCGAAGAUGGACAUCGUGGUUCCGUUCGAAGGAGGGCCGACGGGCUUCCUGGCCGACAGCGAGGACGGCUACGCCGCCGCCAUGGAAACCAUCUUGGCGCUGUCUCCGUCGGCCAGGCUGGAGGUCCGACGAAACGCCCGGCGCUCCGUGGAGCGAUUCUCCGACCAAGAGUUUGACGCUUGUUUCCCCGCUGCCAUGGAGACGGUGAUGCUCGGACUGGAGCGCUGAUUCUAACGUGUGAAAGUAGUGUCUCAUUUGUCAUGGUGGAAUGCCCAGAGAAACAAACCCCCCCCCCCAAAAAAACAUUUUAGUGACUUUGCACGUGUCCAACUCUCAACGAGUGCUCACUAAAACAUGGAGAAGCAACAAAGAUGAAGCUUUGCUGUGUCAGCAGAGCGCGGUAAUGUUUGCAGUGACAUUUACUUGCAAACUGAGAGUUCAGCGCGGUAUUUUGUCCAGAACCCGUCAGACCUGCUGACCACAGAGGGAAGCUGUCAGCAUGCGUUAAAUUAAAUGUUGCCCUUUUCUCACGUUUUAUCUUGUUAGCUGGCCAGUAAGUGUUGGAUUAUGAUUAUGCUAAGCUAGCAGUUCCCCCCCCCCCAUAUUCCAGUCUGUGUGCUGAGCCGAGCCAAACAGAUCUGCAGAUAAAGCUACAUGAAUCUUCUCAGCUUAUUUAAGAUGAAGUAGUUACAUUCCAAACUGCUUUUUACUGAAGGCCAUUUGUGUUUUCUAGCGUGGAAAUGAGUUAUAUCAAGUUAAUACUGGUGUCACUUUAAUCCGCUUUCAUCUAUUUUCCAGUUAGGGACUUAAGGGGUUUGCGAUGAGGGUUUUUUUGUGACAAAGUUAACAAAAACAAAGACUUUUCUGUUUCUGUGCACAUCGACAAAGCACUUAAAAGGGUUUGGGUUCAUGAUGAGGACCAAAUCUCUCUCUCUCUCUCUCUCUCCUUGACAUUUUGUUUCACUUCCUACAUUCCUGCUUGUAAUGAGUUCAAAAAAUAUAUACGGUGUGAAAUAUUACAAUUUUAUUAAGAGGCAUUAUUAAAUAUUUAAGUAUUUCCAUGUACAGAAGAUUAAAUUCCACUUAAUCAAUACUGCAAUAAAAGCAAGCACCAAACUCUUUGUAGAAACUGCUUGUUUGUGCUGCCGACUUGUGGCAGGAGACAGUUAAAGGUACAAAUCACACAUUACAUUUUAGAAUAACGAUAAAUCUAGGAAAAGAACAAGAAAAACAAUAAAUCACAAACAAUAUCUCAAUUUGAAAUAAACUACAGUUUGAAAAUGACUGCCUUUCUCUU